AUGGCUUUUGACGAUGACGACAAUCCCAAUACCUUAGCACAACCAGCCAAAGGCACCAGUGGUGCUGCUGCAGAAGAUGUUGAUGAUGACGCACCGGACGUUAAGCUCUUCCUAUCCAUGUUCGACAAGAACGGUGUAUCAAGCAAAGCUAUUCGCAAGGGCGAGAAGGAUUUCGAGUCACAUGGCACCCGUGCACAGGAUGGUCUUCUCCAAGCGAGUCGCACUGUCUUGGAUAAUGUCCUAGGAUACACCAGGAUACACCGCGAAGAUUCCUGGGUUCGAGGAUGGUGUUUUCCCGACUGGUGGGCCAAGGUAGAGGAAGUUGGUGAGAAGGAGGGCUUAUGGCUACGUGACAGAGUUGUCAUGGUUGAGCAUGAGCGCGGAACAUGGCAGAAAGAUAUUGGAAGGGCGGUACCUGCACAUAAGGAGCGCUUGGGUACAGGGAAACUCUGGCUUUUGCCUGAGGAGGCUAUUUUCCUCAUCGAGAGAGGCACCAUGGAUCUCUGGUGGCCAAAUUUACAACUGGAGGACAUCCUACUCGCCGAUGAUGGAAAACCGAAGACGGAUAUGGGACUUGACGACUAUGAUGCCGGACUGCCAUUGAGUCUUGAGGCGGCAUACUCACUUUUUAUCGGGAACGAGGGUGAGAGGGGCAGAAUCACACUACCACAAUAUCAGGUUUACUCGCAUCUGAAGCGAGCAGGCUUCUACGUUCUACGCGCGCCACCCUAUGAGGCGCCAACACCCCAGUCCCAGACUCUAUGGCAAUGGCUGUUCUCAUUCUUCAGCUCCGAAUCACAACCAAAGCGAAACCCAUCUGGACCUCUUGUUCAGCCAGGUCUUUACCGCGCUUAUAGACCUAUCUACGACCAACUUGCCAUUCUUCCCCGCCACAAGCCACUGCCUACACCUCCCGUGGUUCAUCCUCCCCAAGAUCCAUGGCGGAUUUUCUUUCAUGUAUGGAAAUCAGGUGGCCCGCCAUUCUCGAAGAAGAACCCACCACCACCUGAUUUCCGCUUUGCGGUGGUUGACGCAAGCGACACAUGCGUUCCAGCGCUCGAACAAAUCGAAGCUCUUCUAGAAUCUACACCUUACGACCCACCCAAUGAGGCUUGGAAGGGCCCUGGAGGACGGAUGUAUCAGCGACUAAAGCACGGACACCGCAACGUGCUGGUAGCGAUUGUGGAUCGCGGCCUCGUCAACUUUAUGAGAUUUGGAGAGGGAGCAUUUGGAGAGGAGAGAUUAUUUGAGAGAUUUGAUAACCAGGGCGGCCAGAGAGGCGGACCAAAGACAGGUCGUGGUGGAGGCAGAGGACGCGGUCGUGGAAGAGGCCGCGGUCGAGGACGGGGGAGAUGA